AUGGUCCGCAAGCUCAAGUUUCACGAGCAGAAGCUUCUGCGGAAACACGACUUCAUCACAUACAAGCAGGUGCGCCGGUAUAUGAUUCAGAAGCCUGAGGACUACUCCAUCCGUCAAAUGGCGCAUAGAUUGAGUCUCAUGCCCCCUGAGAGUGCGGCUCGUCGCAAGCACGAGAAGCUCCUCCUUGAUAAGUUGUAUGACAUGGGUGUUUUGUCCUCCGCAUCAAAGCUGUCUGCCGUCGAGCACAACGUCACCGUGAGCGCCUUUGCUAGGCGGCGUCUCCCGGUCGUCAUGACUCGGCUUCGGAUGGCCGAGACCGUUCAGGCGGCGACGAAGCUCAUCGAGCAGGGUCACGUUCGUGUGGGUACCGAGACAUGCACCGACCCGGCUUUUCUGGUGACUCGCAGCAUGGAGGACUUUGUCACCUGGACCGUGGGCAGCAAGGUGAAGAGGAACAUCAUGAAAUACCGCGACAAGUUGGACGACUUCGAGCUGUUGUAA